GAAUGACCACCGGAUGAGAAAAUAGAAAAUCUGGUGAAAAUAUGAAGACCCUUGCUAUCUAUAGCUGCUGCUGACUGAUGACAGCUUAACUUACAGAUAUGAGUGGUAGUUGGAUAUCCGAGGCUCGCCUCUGGCCACAGCUAAGACUGGAUGCCAAGUGGCUCAAAACUGAUAUUCAGGCAGCCUUCAGCCGAGAGAAGUUGAGCCGGCUGUGGAACGAACUGGUCAAGGAUGGUGAGGUGGCCACCUCGAGCAAAGACGGCAUCCUUAACAGUGCUGGCGCACUUGCUAAGAAAGGUGAGACCGGACACUAUUACUGUGGUAUGAAGGUGCUGUCAUGUGUGUGCUGUGAUGGCCACUGUGGACCAACUAACGGCUGCAACUGUCCCCCGUGUCAGCGACUCGACCGAGAAGAUGCCAAUCUCCAACAGAUCGAGUCGGUCCAGCCAAAACCUUCCAUCCCUCUCAUUGAGUCCUGGACCUGGGGACAGCAGCCAGAUGCAGACAAACUCAGAGAAUGUCUACUUUCCCUGCUACACGAGCAUCAGCAGCUUUGCACCAUUUCAGCGUCAACGACGCUGUCAGCCACGCGACUACACCAACGCCUGGCCGUCCUGGAACGCUAUUUCACAGCUCUGUGUCGACAGAGUCCAUUUGAAAAACGUGCACCAACCAAGAAGAGACAGGCCAACCAGAGUAAUCUCAACAAACAAAAAUGUAGUGCCAACAAACCCACCGAGAAAGCCACGAUGGGGCUGGCUCGCGUGGGAUCCCGUGCCGCGUUAAGCUUUGCGUUUGCGUUCCUGCGUCGGGCGUGGCGGUCCGGAGAGGAUGCCGACCUGUGUAGCGAGUUGCUGCAGGAGUCGCUGGACGCACUCCGGUCUCUGCCCGAGGCCACCUUGUUCGAGGAGGGCUCCGUCUCGUCUGUCUGGAUCGAAGUUGUCGAAAGAGCUACCAAGUUUCUACAUAAUGUGGUCGCUGGAGAUCUGAGUGGUACGGCGAGCGCGCGUGGCUCGAGCCCGAUCCCUGUGCAGGACCAGCAGAUCGCCCUGGCCCUGCUCCUCGAGAUGGCCGUCCAGCACGGCACGCUCAGCCAGGUCCUGGCCUCCGUGAUCCUCCUCCUCAACCUCUGGACCAACAGCCACCACGAGUACGACAACCGCGUCAGCAGUAACCUCAUCUCCGCGCCACUCAUACCGCUGCUGAAACGUUUCGAGAACAUCCACAACUCAAAGUCAAGGGCAUUCGAAGUGCCAAAGUGGGAUGAGUCAAACUCCUAUGCGGUCAGUCCCACUGAAUGCUUUCUGCGCUACCUCACCUACCCAGACGACGAGAACAUGUGCAUUGAUCUACGGCAGAGUGCUGUGGUCGUCAUGUCACACCUCGAUAGACUGGCAAUGCCGUAUUUACCUCUUAAUGCUUGUCAAAAUACUCGCAGAUCAACUGUGACACAGGAAGUUUUAGGCUGGGGAUGGCUCAACUGGUCUGGGGCUCCCAACACAAACGGGCCGCACAUUCUCGAGUUCUUCAACGAUCUUGGAGGAAUACAACAGAUCACAUCAGCUGAGAGGUGUCUGCUGGCCCUGACGAGGACAGGACGGAUUUUUGUCAUGUUCUACAGCUCGGAAACACAGUGUCCUCAGCUGGUUAGUGGUUUCGGUGACAAGGACAUUGUGAAGAUUGCAGCUCAUCCCGACAGCAAGCACUUCCUCGCGCUGACCAGUGAGGGGGAUGUCUACUCGUGGGGGACAGGCGACGGCGGUAGACUUGGACAUGGCGACUGCAUAUCUCGAGACGAGCCCACGCUGAUCACGGGAAUAUCGGGGAAACACAUCAUCAACAUCUCGAGUGGCAGCACCUACAGUUCGGCCAUCACGGCUAACGGGGAGCUGUACACCUGGGGGCGGGGCAACUACGGCCGCCUCGGGCAUGGCAGCAGUGAAGACUCCAGCUUCCCCAGUCUCGUUUCCACGCUGAAGGGUCAUCGUAUAGUGGAUGUGGCAUGUGGCAGCGGUGACGCACAGACAAUAGCUGUGUCCGAUACUGGAGCUGUGUACUCGUGGGGAGACGGUGACUACGGCAAGCUGGGUCGCGGUGGCAGUGACGGCUGCAAGACACCAAAAGUGAUUGAGAAGCUGAUGGGCCAGGACGUCAUCAAGGUCUACUGUGGGGCGCAGUUCUGUCUGGCGCUCACAAAGUCGGGAGCCUUGUUCACCUGGGGCAAGGGAGACAACUUUCGCCUUGGCCACGGCACGGAGGAACAUAUUCGUGAACCAAAACAGGUGGAAGCUAUGGCUGGGAAGAAGAUCGUGGAUGUGGCGGUUGGAUCGAUGCACUGCCUGGCCGUGACGGAGGAUGGGGAGGUGUACUGCUGGGGGAAGAAUGAGCAGGGCCAACUCGGGGACAGCACCGCGGCCUACAUCACCGAGCCUUCCAUCAUGGCCGGCCUGGACGGGAAAAACAUUGUUGGAGCCUCUUGUGGACCAGCACAGAGUUUUGUGUGGUCAUCCAGUGGCCACUGGACUGUAGGGACCCGAGUUCCAUUCUGUGUGGACAUCUGCAAGGCCACGUUUCAACACCUGGACGAACUGUUGGGCGAGGUGUACGAGGGGCUGGAUGGACGCAGUGACUGGCCGCCCACUCAGGACAAGGAAUGUAUUGCCGUCGCUGGCCUCAAUAUACUUAACUUACAGCUGCAUGCUGCAGUUUCACAAGCGGAAGACGCCGAGGCCCUUGGACUGGGUGCGGGCAGCCCCGUGGUGGCCAGCCUCAAACAGAAGGUGGUGGCGCUGGCCAGCAAUGUAGGGGUGAUCAGCACCGUCCAGCUGGCCGCCCAGGCCACGUUACAGAGUGGCUGGUCCGUUCUCCUCCCCACCGCCGAGGAACGAGCUCGCGCUCUGUCGGCACUGCUCUCUGCAGGAACUUCGACCCGCGACUUGACGGUGAUGAGUUCGGGUCAGCGGUUCAUGACAGACCUGCUGGUGAGCAGUCUAAUGGCCGACGGUGGCCUCGAGUCCGCACUUCAGGCUGCCAUCAAGAAAGAGAUUCAGGAGAUCGAUGACAAGAAGGAGAAGGAGAGUGAGGAAGGUGACGACCAGGACUCAGAGGAAGGGAAGCUGGGAGAGGCCACCAACGCUGUCAAGUCCGAGCAGACGGCAACCGAGAUCUCGUCACUCGGCGCCAAACCAGACGACAGCAGGGCAAACAUUCCACUCUUACAACUCAUACAGCAGCUGCUGAGAAACUCGUCGACUCAUACGCUGUCGAAGCUGCAGGACCUGGCGCGGGACACAGCCCAGAAGAUGGACUCUCAGCACAUCGAGGUGUCGCCGUCUCUCGACCUCCUCCUGCAGUUCCAGAGACUCCUCGUCUCCAAGAUCUUCAGCAAGGAGACCAACGGCAUCGCCAGAAUCCUCGACGACAAGGAUGACGAGGAUCUCUCAAAACCCACGUCGGAAAUUGGUUUGGAAAUGCAGGGAGCCGCCUCACUACUUAGAAAAUACUGCUCUCUGCUGUGUGCCCACGUGGGUGACAUUCUGCCGGCGGCCGCCAGUAUCGCCAGUAACAGCAACAAACACUUCUCUGUGGUGUCCAAGAUCAUUGUUAAAGAUGUCACAGGAAGCCUGCUGCCUGAAAUGGUGACGUGCAUGGUUCUGCUGCAGCUGCGGUGUCCCGACACGAUCCAGCUGUCACGCGCCGUGGCCGUGCUGGAGGAGACACUCGACAUCCUCGACAAGUUCAACCGCCUGGCGCCAGGGCUGGAGCGUGACGACAAGGAGGAUCUCGCCUGGCCCGGGGUCUGGAGUCAUACAUUAGAAAAGUACAAUCAGAAAUCAUUUGAUGACGUUCAGAUAAUAAGAAAAGCUGAUCUUGAAAACCACAACAAAGAUGGUGGUCUGUGGAUUGUCAUUCAUGGAAAGGUUUAUGAUGUACACGAUUUCAAACGCCAGGCUCCUUGUGGCCAAGAAAUACUCAUGAAAUAUGCAGGUCAAGAUGCUUCAGCGGCAUUUGAAGCUUGUCACCAUUCUGAAGAGGCUAGAGAAAUGAUGCAGAAUUUCUUUGUGGGGCAGUAUAUCCACCCUGAGAAGGACAUAGUUCAGACGACGGACUCCAACUCGAUGUCGUCUCCGCUGAUGGACACGGAGCGGACGCUGGGCAUGCUGCUGGGUCUGCACGCGGCUGACCAGGUCCGCAGCACGACACUCUCGCUGGAUGAGCGCGAGAGCAAGCACUGGCUGCAGGCCGAGUUCUUCCGGGGUGGGCUGCAGGUGCUCCAGCCUCAGAACAGCUACGACGACGAGAAGGGAGAGAGUCGCACUCCCAGCUCCUGUACCACCACUCCAGGAGCGACGCCCACCUCGGAGCACCAUCGACUGCCACAGAGUUUGGACAAGGAGCAGCUUUAUGCGGAGGACAACCCCAGCCUGGACAUCGGCCGGCCGUUCCUCCUCGCUCUGAUGGAAGGUCGCCUGCAGGAGCCGGCCGUCAAGACGUUCAUGUCUAUAGUCGACAAAUACCUUAGACAGCAUCAUCUGGCACUUGAUUUCCCAUCGGACCACCCCAUUGAGGAGGUUGGCAGGUUUAUAAUGGCGGUGCUCCUGAAGCACCACGACCUGACCCACGUGGUGCUGGGGCUGGUGGAACAGGGCCAGGGAGAACACAUCGGGAAACACGUCCUGCCCAAGUCCAUCGCCGAACUCAGCAGAGUCGUGUCGCAGGCAAAAAAAUCACUUAUCAAGGCACACCAGGACCAGGGUCGAUCAUACAAGGAGGUGUGUGCCCCGGUUGUCGAGCGGUGUCACUUCCUCUUUAACGAGCUCCGACCGGCCAUCGGCGACGAAGUGAAUGCCUUCACCAGGUCCAAGUUGCUCAAGUCAAUGCCGCGAUGGCGCGAAGUCAUUGCCCGGGUAGUGCAGGACAAAAAGAAGGCUAAACUGUGUGUUAACACCGAAGACAAGGGUCUUGUGAAGGCGGAGGGAGACGUAGUGGCCGAACUGAAGCUGACCAAGCUGGCCGUGUCCAAUGUGGAUGAUGAUGUUAAGAAGGAGUCUGUGGUUGUGGAGGCAUGCGACGAGGAUGAGAGCGACGUCUGCGUGGUGGGGGAAGAGACGAUGGAGCCAAGGCAUGCGUCGCAGCGGGACCUGGGUCUCGAUGACAUUCACAUAGAGCUGGACGACAGACAGCUCUCCAAGGAGACGCCCUGCAAGAAGCAUGAUCCCUGGGAACACAUAGUGAAUGCUGUGACCAACACACAGCGACUGAAGGCUCUGCGUCAGCGGCUCACCGGGUCUCAGACCGACAUGGCGCUGGUCAACAAGAUCAUCGAGUUUGUCAUGUACGAACACCCCAUCGACAUUGAGAAACUCAGGAGGUCCCUACACCACCAGGUUGCAAGGGCCGAGCUUCGACUGAAGGGUAUCCAGAACAUGCUGUCGAACGUACACAAAGAUCACCUUGUGUCGUCCGUCAAAUAUGCCAUGCUGUGUGGCUGGCAAGGUCUCCUCACCGUCGGCAGGAAGUUCAGUGCUCCCAUCCCCCAUUGUUUGACGAAUGUAAACCUCAUUCCACCAUGUGACCGAGUGCUGCUAGAGAUGACAUUUGCCGAGCUCUACCGCUGGUCGAUAUGUGAGCUGCGUCAGUGUGUCAUAUCGGCAGACCUCGUCUUCAAGGCCAAGGGAGUUAAUCCAUCUCAGUCAUCACAAGACAAUUCGAAGGAGCGACUCAGUCUGGGAGCGUUGCCUGUGGCAAGGUUUAUCCUGGCCACUCUGGGCCUGCUGGUCGCUGACCACCACUCGGACAGUCUCAGUCUUCUGCUCAACUCGGGAGUGCUCGCUCUCACGCAGAGCAUACUCAGGCUCGCCGGUCCAGACCCAGACCUGGUUAUCCCUGACAACAACACAGUGGUGUGCACCGUACCCGAGGAACCGAAGAUGAAGAAACCUACACAGCAGGUGCCACUGACUGGACCUGAGCUGGCAGCCAUGAUGAAGAUUGGAACUCGUGUCAUGCGGGGUGCCGACUGGAAAUGGGGAGAUCAGGAUGGGCCGGCCCCUGGUCUGGGUCGUGUGAUAGGCGAGCUGGGUGAAGACGGGUGGAUUCGGGUGCAGUGGGAUACGGACAGCACCAACAGCUACCGGAUGGGCAAAGAGGGCAAGUACGACUUGAAGCUGGCCGACCCCCCGGAACUGCCAGACAACGAUGAAGAGGUCGACGAAGAAUCGGAAUCAGAUAAAUCACAGCCAGAAAGUAAACACCCGACAGCUCUUGUGCGUCGCUCUACAAUAUGGCUGCUUCGCAUUCUGUCCAUAUCGACUGGUAUCCAUGGCGACAAGAUCCAGAAAGAAGCUAUUGGCUCUCUGUGUGGACUCAUGAGGAACAUUGUAGACUGUGGCUGUAACUAUGGACUCAAUGUGAAUUCGACCACCGUACAGAUAGCGUGCGAGCAGCACCUGAGCUGGUGCACCCUGGGAUUUGUGCGCAGUAUCGCAACCAGCCCCCUCAUCUGCCAGGCUCUUAGUAUGCCACGCUGGAUUAGUCUGCUGAUGAAAAUCCUUGAAGAGGAACAGGGAACAAAACAUGCCAAGAAUGUUUAUAAGCAGAUCCUGACAUUGAAAUUACUGCGAACUGUUCUGCCAUCUUGGGACAGCUCUGUGGACAGGUCAAGAAUCACUGAAAUUAUUGUCAAGCUCUUCAAGCUGCUAGGAUCUGUCCUGACAGCGUGCUCGACUGAUCCAACUCUUGUACCUCAGUUUGAUCAGUCUGAAGCUAGAAGGAAACACAUGCGGGUUCCCGUAUCGGUUACUGCAUCUUACACGAGCACGAUCACCGAGGAGAUUGUGGCCCUGCUUCGUAAACUUCACUCACUGGACACGUGGAACCCUCACAUCAACCGCUACAUCGGUUCACAGCUGCCCAAGAUUGUCGACCUGCUGUGUGAGAAGUCGCACAGCCGUCUCACUGAGGAAUCGGCGCGCACUGUGCCCAACAUGGAUACAGUUUCUAUAGUGAUGGCUGUUCUAGCCAUGAUCGGAGGUGUUGAUAACCGACCGAGACUCGGUGGACUUGUGAAGCACGAGAGGCUUGGUGUGGGGACGAUAUCAAAGAUCACACCGAAGGGAAAGAUUCACGUUCAGUUUCACGAUUACUCGGCACAGAUAUGUCGGAUAACAGAACUGACACCUCUUCCUCUAGUGAGAUUUAGCAUAGACAAAUUGCCACUGACUGGUACAUUCCUUACAAGCUGGUCCAUCCUGGUGAGUCUGGCCGGAGUGGGAUUCCGAGUGGAGAAAGAGAAAGACAUUCCACGCGCUCCACUGGCCACCAGCACAGGCAGCAUCGAGUCCGUGUCAAUCUCACUCACAGCCUCAUUCUGUGGGAACUCUGUGAACAUUAAAGAGCUGAGGAAACAACAGAUUCGUUUGAGCCUGUUACGGGCAGCCAAAGUCUUGUUCACACCGCAGGACAGCUUGCGCCGCAUCCUGCUCCAGCCGGUAGCCACAGAGUUAUUCCCCCCUGACAGCACGAUCUGUGAGGACGAUGCCGAACCAGAGCAGCGCGUCCCAACAACAUUAAUGCAGCAGUUCCUGUUGGCCGCCACUCAACCCUCACCCCUUAAGGCCAUGUUCAGCAGGGCGGAGAUGGAGGCUGCGGCACUGGCUGUGUGUCAGUAUCUGACGGCGGAGGUUGGCCAGACGGUGGAGGUUGGAGAUGACACGGACUCUGAUGAAGAGCUGAUGGCCGCGUCGACGGUCUCCAACAACAACGCCUCCAACACCAUCGCACCCUCCGCCAACACCGCCCUGUCACGGGUACCACGCCCCAGGAAAUCCAAGAUGCCACUGCCGCCGCCUGCACCCAUUGUUCAGCAGAUUGUCGAGAUGGGCUUCUCUCGCAAAAACGUCGAGUUUGCCCUAAGGGCACUGGUUAAUGCAGGUUCGUCUCUGUUUGCGACGUCCGAUGUGCCGAGUGCAGAAGCAAUCGUGAACUGGCUGAUCGAGCACCAGGACCUGCAGACAGCGGAGCAGUGCGACACUGACAGUCUGACGACCAGCGACUCCUCCACUGAGAGCGACUCCAUGUCGGAGUUCGACGAAACCGAGAAAUACAACGGAGCACACCUGUUGGGUUCAGACUCGCUGUUGCCCAACGACCGGGGACUGGUUGCUAACCAUCAGCAGUUCAAGAGACGCACAGACUUCCUGAGUAACGAUGAGUAUGCAGCGUACGUGCGAGACAACAUCCAGGUGGGCAUGAUGGUCGAGUGUUGCCGCACAUACGAGGAGGUGCACGAAGGAGACCGGGGAAGAGUUGUCAGGCUUGACCGAGACGGAUUGCAUGAUCUGAACAUCCAGGCCGACUGGCAGAGGAAGUCGGGUACCUACUGGGUGCGCUACAUCCACGUCGAGCUGCUCGGAUACACCAGCUCGUUUGCAGGAGGGAGUCACAGCAUUAAGGUGGGUGACAAAGUGCGAGUCAAACCAUCGGUGAUUACUCCAACCUACAAGUGGGGUUCAGUCACUCACCUCAGCAGUGGCACCGUCACAGCAAUCAACCCAAAUGGACGAGACCUCACAGUAGAUUUCCCACAACAGGCGCACUGGACCGGAGUGAUAGAGGAAAUGGAACUUGUGCCAAGUACUCAUCCAAGAAUAACGUGUAACGGUUGCCAGAUGACUCCUCUGACUGGUUAUAGAUACAACUGUAAACUAUGUGAUGACUUUGAUUUCUGUGAGAAUUGUUUUAAAAGUGACCGCAGCCACAAACAUCCUUUCAACAGAAUCACUGAGCCAGGUGGGAAACCUGUGUAUGUUGGGAAACCCGGCAAGCAGCACCGGUCGACGGCCCGUAUAGCGAACAGCUCGUUGAUUGACAACUGGCACAUGUGUGUGAAGAAUAUCACGGUGUCGUCGCGUGAGAGCCAGGCUCACCGACUCGUGGACGGCAGCAGGUUCUACUGGCAGAGCUCCGGAUCACAGGGAAAGCACUGGAUCCGGUUGGACAUGCAGCCCGACAUCGUGAUAAACCGCCUGUACAUGGAGGUGGACCCAAGUGACUCCAGCUACAUGCCGUCCAUGGUGGUGGUGAGCGGCGGCGAGGUCGUGCACAACCUCAAGGAGCUGAGAACCGUGCACAUAUCGUCGUCAGACACGCUUGUUACACUGCUGCAGGACGUCACUGAUUACUACCGACUGAUAGAAAUUGCUGUUCGCCAGUGUCGAAGCAGCGGUAUUGACUGUAAGGUGCACGGUCUGCAGAUCGUGGGCCGCCUGCGGUCCGAGGAGGAAGAUCUGGCUGCCAACUUCAGUUUCCUGGCGUCGGACAAGGAGGACGAUGACCGCCCGACGCUACAGAGCAGUCGCAAGAAGCUGAGAUCGGUCGGCUCCAAGGACAUACAGACCCACGUGUUCGUCUGGGGACUCAACGACAAGGACCAGCUUGGCGGGCCUAAGGGAUCCAAGAUCAAAUUCCCAGCUUUAAAUGAAAGUCUCUCUGCUGUCAGAUGUGUUCAAAUAGCUGGUGGUUCAAAAAGUUUAUUUUGUGUCACACAAGACGGCAAGGUUUACGCGUGUGGAGAAGCGACAAAUGGCCGUCUUGGUCUUGGGAUCAACACUGGGAACAUUUCUGUACCACGGAUCAUCCAUGCCUUCAGUCAGUACGUGGUCAAGAAAGUGGCCGUCCAUUCAGGUGGCCGCCAUGCCAUGGCUCUAACUGUGGAUGGGAAGGUGUUUUCUUGGGGCGAAGGAGACGACGGCAAACUGGGACACUCCAGUAGAAUGAACUGCGACACACCGAAGUUGAUAGAAGCCUUCAAGUCGAAGCGAGUACGAGAUAUAGCGUGCGGGAGUUCCCACAGUGCUGCUAUUAUAUCAAACGGAACCCUGUUCACUUGGGGACUUGGGGACUAUGGCCGACUGGGACACGGGGACAAUACCACUCAGCUGAAACCAAAACAGGUUAAGGAGCUAGACGGACAGCGAGUGAUCCAGGUCGCGUGUGGCAGUCGCGACGCUCAGACGAUUGCCCUGACAGACGACGGCAUGGUGUACUCGUGGGGCGACGGAGACUUCGGCAAGCUGGGGCGUGGUGGCAGCGAUGGGUGCAGCGUGCCAAAACCCAUCGAGAGACUCACCGGGCAGGGCGUCUGUCAGAUCGAGUGUGGAGCGCAGUUCUCACUGGCUCUCACCAAACUGGGACAAGUCUGGACCUGGGGUAAAGGUGACUACUUCCGUCUUGGUCACGGCACUGACGCGCACGUUCGGAAACCACAGCUCGUGGAGGGGCUCAAGUGCAAGAAGGUGAUCCAUGUGGCUGUCGGGGCACUGCACUGUCUGGCCGUCACGGAUACCGGACAGGUGUAUGCGUGGGGAGACAAUGAUCAUGGCCAACAAGGCAAUGGUUCGACCACAGUGAACCGAAAACCUUCCCUGGUGCAUGGCCUGGAGGGAUUCAAGAUCACCCGUGUCGCAUGUGGCUCGUCCCACAGUGUCUGCUGGGCGACAACCGAUCUGUCCACCUCUACAAUACAUGAAGCUGUGCUUUUUGAGUCACCCAAGGACCCACUUGGGGCAACUUUUGUUGUAACCAAUGAAGGGCAAGUGGAGGAAGGUAUUCUGGCCGUGACAGAUACGUUAAACCAAAACAAGAACAGCAGACCGUCUCUAUCGAAGAUUAUCCUCACACUGGAGUCCGAUGUGGAGAAACAGAAGGCGCUGUCUCAUGUCUUGUCAGCUUUACAGAUUCUGUAUGCGAGGGCUGCUGUUAUCUUGUCACUUUUCAAGGAUGCCGUUCCUGACGCAGCGUCUUCCCAGGUGAUGGAGAGCGCGACCAUCGUCCCAGACCUGAGCCUCGAGUCCUCCACCCUGCUGGUGUCCGCCGAGAGACCAGCCGACCUGCCAGAAGCUGAAGAUGGGGAGAAAGCUCUCGCCGGCAACUUUUCACAGGAGAUGAAAUCAUUCCACAGCAUGCACAGCCUAGCCGCCAAGGUUUCCCCGGCGACCAGCAUCAUGGCAGAGACGAUAACAUCGGCGGAUGAGGUGACCAGGACGAUAGAGUCAGAACUGACAGCCUACCCUCCCGGUCUCGACGACUUCACCAGCAAGCUGAACGCCGACGACUCGAGAAUCCUCGUUGACUUGCUCAAACUUGACGUGGCAGGGAGAGUGGGACUGUCUAACACCGACACCAUUCCAUCCAUUCUGAUGGCCUUGGGCAAGGCUUACCCUCAGGUUGCAGAAAUGGUCUUAGAGCUGUGUGUUACCGAGCUGGAAGAUGUUGCCACGGACACCGAGAGUGGCCGGUCCAUGGCACAGCCCAUUGUACAAGAAAGUCUUCACCCGUACACUGACGACACCUCGCAGCUGGGUCAUGUCAAAAUCCCAGGGGUAGAAGCUUUGCGUGUUGAGUUUGACCGACGAUGUUCGACUGAGCGACGUCACGAUCCUCUCACCAUAAUGGAUGGAACCGGACGCACUGUGGCCGUCAGAUCAGGUCGAGAGUGGUCGGACUGGUCCCAGGAACUGCGUAUUCAGGGAGACGAGCUUCGGUGGAAGUUUACGUCUGACGGCUCUGUUAAUGGCUGGGGUUGGCACUUCACCGUGUAUCCCAUAAUGCCUGCAGCGGCUCCCCUUGACAUGCUCUCUGACAGAACCAUACUCUCGCGGCCUUCCAUUGACCUGGUGACCUGCUUGCUUGACUUCAAGCUCGAGUUGACGAUGGACCGAAUCAUCAUUCCGCGUUUGGCAGCAGCACUGGCAGCGUGUGCCCAGCUCAGCUCGUUGGGAGCCAACCAGCGCAUGUGGGCCUUGCACAGAUUACGGAUGUUGAUUUCAACCAGCUUGGGCUCGUCAAUGAAUGUGAAUACCCUUCUAGCCAGUCCAAUAUCUGAGAGUUCAGAAUCCGAUUUGCCAAGACCAUACAUGUCCAUCAGUGGAUCAGCACUUUCCACAUUGGUAAAAGGUCUGCCUGAAGCCCUGCAGCGCCAGUACGAGUAUGAAGACCCGAUUGUGCGCAGUGGGAAACACCUGAUGCACAGUCCGUUCUUCAAGGUGCUCGUCGCUCUGGCCUGCGACCUGGGCCUCGACACCCUGCCGUGCUGCGCCGAGGCUCACAAGUGGGCGUGGUUCCGCAGGUAUUGCAUGGCCGCCCGUGCCGCAGCAUCCAUCGUCAAGAGGACGCCGUUGCCGAUGGGGUUCAUGGAAGAGGUGAUGAAGAAGAUCCAUGACAUUGCGGCGGAGGGGGAGGACUUGUCUCGGGAGCACGAAAGUCACAACGUGUUUAAACAGGAGCAGGAUGAACAGCUGCUUAUCUGGCUCAACAGAAAACCAGAUGAUUGGACUCUUUCUUGGGGUGGAAGUGGUCAGAUUUGGGUUUGGGGUCAUAACCACAGAGGUCAGCUUGGUGGAGUUGAAGGGGCAAAGGUCAAAUUGCCUCUUGGCUGUGAGGCUUUGGCAAGUCUACGACCAGUUCAGUUGAUUGGUGGAGAACAGACAUUGUUUGCUGUCACAGCUGAUGGCAAGGUGUACGCGACAGGCUAUGGUGCGGGAGGCCGACUGGGUAUCGGAGGAACGGAUUCUGUCUCGACUCCGACUCUGCUGGAGUCCAUCCAGCACGUGUUCAUCAAGAAGGUGGCCGUGAACUCGGGUGGGAAGCACUGUCUGGCCCUGUCCUCCGAGGGCGAGGUCUACUCCUGGGGAGAAGGGGAGGAUGGCAAGCUGGGACACGGAAACAGAAGCCCAUGUGAUCGGCCACGAGUGAUUGAAUCUCUGCGUGGGAAGGAGGUGAUUGACAUCUCGGCGGGUGGAGCUCACAGUGCGUGUAUCAUGGCCAGUGGAGAGCUCUUCACUUGGGGCAAAGGUCGAUACGGCCGUCUGGGUCACGGAGACAGUGAGGACCAGCCUAGACCAAAACCAGUUGAAGCGCUCAAGGGGAACCGUGUAAUAAAUGUAGCAUGUGGCAGCGGUGAUGCUCAGAGUUUGUGUAUCACAGAGGAUGAUUCGGUGUGGUCCUGGGGCGAUGGCGACUAUGGAAAACUAGGUCGUGGAGGUAGUGACGGCUGUAAGGUGCCAGUCAAAGUGGAGAGUCUACAGGGGCUGGGUGUUAUCAAGGUGGAAUGUGGUUCUCAGUUUUCCGUGGCACUCACCAAGUCCGGAGCAGUUUACACAUGGGGAAAGGGAGACUAUCACCGCCUGGGUCACGGUACCGAUGACCAUGUGCGUCGUCCACGCCGCGUGUCGGCUCUCCAGGGCAAGAAGAUCAUUGACGUCGCCUGUGGGUCGCUCCAUUGUGUGGCGUGCUCGGAUAUCGUUUUUUCUGCAGGAGAGGUUUACACGUGGGGAGAUAACGACGAGGGCCAACUUGGAGAUAGUACAACCAAUGCCAUUCAGAGACCUAGACUAGUUGCAGCACUUCAAGGUAAGAAGAUCAACCGCGUGGCUUGUGGCUCCGCACACAGUCUGGCGUGGUCCACACACAAGCCGGUGAGUGCAGGGAAGCUGCCGGUUGUCAUCCCAAUGGAGUACAACCACCUGCAGUGCCUGUCGGUGGUCACCCUGCGCAACAGACUGGUCCUGCUGCACCACUUCUCCGACCUGUUCUGCCCCUCCAUCCCCAUGUUCGACAUGCGUGACCACCUCGGUGGAGACUCGGACAGCGAGAAACCCACAGGGCUCGACUCUCUCAGAGGUGUGCUCGUGUCAUCAGCUAAGGAGACGGCAUUCAGAAAAGUGGUGCAAGCAACUAUGGUGCGAGACAAACAACACGGUCCUGUGGUGGAACUGAAUCGAAUCCAGGUGAAACGCUUUCGAAGCAAAGGAGGUUUUGCUGGGCCGGACGGGGUGAAGUCUGUGUUUGGCCAGAUGGGAUCCAAGAUGGCCGUGUUCGGACCAGACAGUCUGAUGUUGCCCCACCGGGUCUGGAAGGUCAAAUUUGUAGGUGAGAGUGUGGAUGACUGUGGUGGCGGCUACAGUGAGUCGAUAGCCGAGAUGUGUGACGAGCUGCAGAACGGCUCGCUGCCCCUUCUCAUCGUGACGCCCAACGGACGUGACGAGUCCGGAGCCAACAGAGACUGCUUCCUCCUCAACCCCAUGAUGAAGAACCAGAUCCAGCAGAACAUGUUCCGCUUCCUUGGAUACCUGAUAGGGAUAGCCAUCCGAAGUGGCAGUCCUCUCAGUCUGAACCUGGCCGAGCCGGUCUGGAAGCAGUUGGCUGGGAUGCCGGUCACCAUCACUGAUCUCACCGAGGUGGACAAAGACUUUAUACCAGGUUUGAUGUGCAUCAAAGAGAUGAAUGAGGAGACACUACGUACCACCGAUUUGCCAUACAGCAUCCCAAGCGCUAGUGGAGAGGAAGUUCACCUCGGCUUAAAGCAUUCCAGAAUCACGCCCGAGAACCGUGCGGAGUACAUCAAGUUAUCCAUAGCUUACAGAUUGCAUGAAUUUGAUGGCCAGACAAAACUAGUGCGUGAAGGCAUGUCCAAAGUUAUACCAGUUCCACUUUUGUCACUGUUCACUGGAUUUGAGCUGGAAACUAUGGUAUGUGGAAGCCCAGACAUUCCACUGAAUCUUCUCAAAUCUGUGGCCACCUAUAAGGGCAUCGAUGCUAAUGCUCCACUGGUUCAGUGGUUCUGGGAAGUGAUGGAGGAAUUUACCAACACAGAGAGGUCACUGUUUCUACGCUUUGUGUGGGGUCGCACCCGCCUGCCUCGGACCAUUGCAGACUUCAGGGGUCGAGAUUUUGUACUUCAGGUGUUGGACAAGUACAACCCUGCGGACCACUUCCUGCCGGAGAGCUACACAUGUUUCUUCCUGCUGAAGAUGCCGCGCUACUCGUGUAAACCAGUCCUCAAGGAGAAGCUCAAGUAUGCCAUCCACUUCUGCAAGUCGAUCGACACGGACGACUACGCCCGCGUGGCACUAACUGGCGACACCCUGGUGGAGGACUCCCAGGAGGCCAGCGACGACACCGACGCCAUGGAUAGCAUCGAGUCGGACGGGGAGAUCACAGACUCGGACAGUUAAUAUGGGAUCAUACACAGGGACUUGGAACUGGAAUAGUUAAUAUGUGAUAAUACACAGGGACUUGGAACUGGAAUAGUUAAUAUGUGAUGAGUUACAGGGACAUGGAACUGGAAUAGUUAAAAUAUUAUACUUGGAACUCAGAUAGUAAAGAUUUAAUGUAAUGAGAAUUUAAAAAAAAAAAAAAAGUUAAAGAGUGUUCUAGUUUUUUGCCAAUUGAUGUUAAGAUAUUUCCAGCUAACGGAGCAUAUUUAAUGACUAAAGUUGCACAUGACACUAACAUCACAGACAGCAUUGAGUCCGAUUCACAGAGACUUUCAUUUCUUUUCAACUUAGCCACACCUUAACCAGGCCUCUACAUUAACUUUUACAUGUUGGAGCCAGAUGACACCUACUUCUAUUUUAUAUAAAUAAUAUGAAAUGUUUUAGUCACACACACACACAAAAAAUGGUCGCAUAUGCAACCAAAUCGGUAGCAAUGUUGAGGGCUGCCUCAACUAAAGACAUUUUGUCUCUGUUAGUAGACUGGUCCAAACAUCCGUACAGCCAGUGUGAUGAGUUGGAGACUUUGUUUGUGAAAACCAGUGUUAUUAAUGUUUUAUAGCGUAUUUGUGCCUAUAUUAAGAUCUCUUCCUACAUUUUACAACACAUUUUGACAAAGCUUGGUAGACAGAACAAUAACAAAAUGCGAAUAACAGACAAACCUACAAUUCGCCCCAAGACUUGGAAGUGUAAUAUGUGAUUCAUAUGGAUUUCGAAUUGUAAUUGAACAUGAGACAAUAUUCGACAGGAAAUGGUGAAUUUAAUACAACGGAACAAAAAAUUAUCUUAAGAUAUAACAACUUUACAGAGUUUAUGUCAUGAUGGAAACCUAAUUCCACUUAGAAUUUUUUUUAAUUUACUACAACCAAACAAAACAUCUUUUGUGGUUUUUGUUGUAAAUAUCACAUAUUUAAGGGGUAGAUAUCAUGAAGGAUAGUGAAUUCCAGUUUUUAACAAAAAAUGAAAUAUUAUGAUAAAGGUCACAAAUUUACCCAUCAAUUAUUAGCCCUAGAAGUGUGAGAGACAAAUUUAGCAGAAAUGAAGCUGCAGCACACACUGAAUCACGCUAAAAUUAAUAGCACUUGGAGAUUAUUUCAGGUUAUUAUAAGAAAGACUUUUUUUUUUCUUUCUUUUUUGAUCUGCGAUUAUACUACUGUGGUUUCAUGAACAAUACUGCUAUGUUGUGAUAUGAAUGUUUGCUGAACUAUGUUGUAUAUUGGUGUGGAAUUGCUGAUCACUGGUUUUGUUUCAAUGUUGUGACUUAAAUUUAAAUGUCAUAUGUCGUAUCUGUGAUCUCUUGGUGACAUUUCUGAUAGGAUUUGUUUUGGGGUGGGUUUUUUUAUUAAAACAAAUUUGUUUCCAUGGAUUUUCAGAUGUAUACUGACAGCAGUAGUAAAAUUGUAAAAUAUUAGUACAUUUCUUGUAGAAUGGCACUGUUAGUCGGCAUAAUAAAAACACUGGGGUUUUUAUGUCUUUAUAUGUGUUAGCAACAUACUGGUACAUACUUAUAUAGUAAACUGUUUUAGUAGAUUUCUGUCGGCUGUGGCUUUGUGAAUGCUGUUCUGUUAUCACAAUGAAAAUGUAAAUUUUAAUAUAAAUGUCUUAUUGUCAUUUUUAAUUGAUGAUCAUUUUUGGUAUGUUUCAAUUGACUUUAAUUGAUCAUAAUGAAAUAUACUAUUUAUCAAGCAUAUAUUGGAUGUUAUGUCAGUUGACUAUAAUAGGUUGUAAUAAAAAUCAAUAUUGUAUUAAGGCAGAUUUUAUUUUGUCUACCACAUAUUGGAUGUUAUGUCAUUUUGCCUUACAUUGAAGGUAAUGAAAAUUACCAGUGAAGUGUUUAUUGAUUCAGCAUAUAUUGGAUUUUGUGUCAUUUAGACUAACUGACUGUAAUAAAAGUCACUAGUGGUGGGUUUUUUUUUUAUAACUCGUAGAUUUUUUCUUGUGACAGUUAAGAGUAACUAGUUGUUUACAGUUUUGUUGUGGGUGGAAAGUUUUGUUUAUGUACAUUUUUUCCAUAGUUCAGCUUGGGUAUUUUUUCACAUAUCAUCAUUAGUUAAUAAACGGAUAUUUAAAUUUUAAAUUAUUGUGUUAUAAUUAAUGCAGUAUUUUAUCACUGUUCAUCUAUUUUCAGAACUAAAUGAAGAAGUUAUAUUAUUAAUAAAAUGUUAAUUCUAAACAUUUUGCUGUUAAAAGAUAUUCCAAUGAUCAUAUAUGCACACUUGUACUGUACUAUUAAAGAAAUCUCCACGCAGUUAGUAAGCUACAAUCAGCACAAUUCAACAUCAAAUUUAUUCAGAUCAUUAAUCUGGUCAUUUACGAGUUUUUACACCAAUAAAAACAUCUGCGUUUAAGUUUUUUCGGUUUGGCGUUAGUGUAUACAUUAAAUAUUGAAGUCAUAUUUAAUGUUACAAAGUUUUGAUUUUAUAAUCUACAAAUGUAACGUUUAAUGCAAUUUAUUUGUUGCAUUUUAUGAAAAAACAACGAUCAAUAAUUGUGUUGUAAGUAUUUGAUUAUUUUGGAGAAGAGGUUUCUCAAGGACUAAUGUUAUAUUGUUUUAUUUUCAAAUGUUCUUAGGAUCAUUAUUUUUAAUAAAUUUGUUAGUUAUAAUUUAGUUUACAUUUUUAGCAAACCCCGAUUUUAUCAUUGAAAACUUACUACUAAACAAAAUAAUUUACAUUUGCUCUAUGUACAUAAACAUAGAAGCUUAUAACAUUUGGAUGUUGCUUAUUUAUAAUAUAUUAGCCCAUUUCAUUGAUGAAAGAAUUAACAGUAUUGAAUUUUGUCUGUGAUGCUUUUCUCUUCUCUCUUUUUUUCCCCCAUACAUUAUAUAUUUUUGUGUAAAAUACGCAUUUCAACUAGUCUCGUUAGACUAGUCAUGUACCUGUCUAAUUUUAAUACUAAAAUUUAUCACUUACUUAUACAAUCAUUAUUUAAAUAUAUGUUGAAUUAGAAUUUGUAAUGUGUUUUAUUUACAAAAUAUUAGUUGAUAAAACCACAUUUAAUCAAAUCUCACACUUAAAUGCAACAUUGAAAUUAAAACUGGUUUCUGUUUCUAUUUGAUGUUACAAAUGCAAAAUGCAAAUGCAAGUACAGUUUUAAUAAAUCUGUGUUUUCGCAAUCAUUCUCACACACUUUAUCCAAGUGUAGAUAUCACGUGGUGUAGUGGAUAUUUUGAUACUUAUGUUUUAAUAAGUAGUAAGAAACAACAGAAUGUAACAUCUGUGUUUUAAUGUUUACAGUGACUUACAUUUGUGAGAAAAUUUUAAGUUAUAAUAUGAACAAUAUUAUUUCCUAAAUGCAAGCCUUGGGUGAAGGGAAGAGGGUUUAGGAAACAAACUGUUCUCUUUUUAUGUUGAAAACAGUAAUUAUUAGACAAUGGAAUAAUUAAUUCCCAUGUAAAAAAAAUGUUAAGUUAAAUUUUUUUUUUACAGUUUCUAUUUGUCAUGCAGACACGUUUUUAGUGGAUUAAUAUUAGCAUAAUGUAUGUUGUAAGACUAUUGUGAAUUUAUUUGUGAUACAUUUCAAAACUGAUGUGAUGCGAGUGUUAGAAAGCUUUGCGAUGUUUCAUUUAUUUUGUGACAAAGUUCAUCAAGAGGUAUAUAUCUAUAUAUAUAUAUAUAUAUAUAUAUAUAUAUAUAUAUAUAUAUAUAUAUAUACACUUUGUGAAGA